CAUUUUGGCUUCGCACCUAAUACAUCUGACGCAUUCGUCUUCCUCCUCCCCAGAUCCGAUCCCCCCUCCCUUGAGGAGGCCAGAUCCACCGACCUCCGGCGCAGCAGAUCCGGCGGGCUUGGCGGCCAUGGGGGCCAUGGAGAAGCCGUGCACCCUCCUGGUGCACUUCGACAAGGGCUCGCCGUCGAUGGCGAACGAGAUCAAGACGGACCUCGAGUCCGGCGACGGCGCCGCCAAGGCCGAUGCCAUGCGCCGCGCCAUCUCGCUCCUCCUCAACGGCGAGACACUCCCGCACCUCUUCAUCACCGUCGUCCGCUACGUGCAAUCCUGCGACGACCACGCCGUCCAGAAGCUCCUCCUCCUCUACCUCGAGACCGUCGAUAAGCGCGACGCCGCCACGGGGAAGGUACUGCCGGAGAUGAUCCUCAUCUGCCAGAACCUCCGCAACAACCUCCAGCACCCCAACGAGUACAUCCGCGGCGUCACGCUCAGGUUCCUCUGCCGCCUCUCCGAGCCCGAGCUACUCGAGCCGCUGGUGCCGUCCAUCCUCACCAACCUCGAGCACCGCAACCAUUUCGUCCGCCGCCACGCGCUCUCGGCGAUCUCCGCGAUCUACCGGCUCCCGCACGGGGAGCAGCUCAUCCCCGACGCGCCGGAGCUCGUCGAGCGCGCGCUCGCCUCCGAGCAGGACGCUGCCGCUCGUAGGAACGCGUUCCUCAUGCUCUGCGCGUGCGCGCAGGAGCGCGCGGUCGCGUACCUGCUCACCAACGCCGAGCGCGUCACCGAAUGGCCCGAUCUGCUCCAGAUGGCUGCCGUCGACCUCAUCCGCAAGGUCUGUCGCUCGCAGGGCCGCGCCGACAAGGGCAGGUACAUCAGGAUUAUCAUGGCCCUCCUCUCUGCGCCCAGCACCGCCGUCGUGUACGAAUGCGCCGGCGCCCUCGUGUCCCUGUCCUCCGCGCCCACCGCCGUGCGCGCCGCCGCCAACACUUACUGCGAGCUGCUCUCCUCGCAGAGCGACAACAAUGUGAAGCUUAUCAUCCUGGACCGCCUUCACGAGCUGCGCGCCUCACACAGGGAGGUGAUGGUGGAUGUGGUUAUGGACGUGCUUCGCGCUCUCACCAGCCCCAAUGUGGAUGUCAGGAGGAAGGUGCUGGAUUUGGUGCUGGAUCUCCUCACCCCACGAAAUGUCGAGGAGGUGGUGCUCUACCUCAAGAAGGAGGUGGUUAAGACACAGGCUGCAGAGGCUGAGAAGGGUGGUGAAUACCGCCAGAUGCUGGUGCAGGCCAUUCAUGCCUGCACUGUGAAGUACCCGGAGGUGGCCGGGUCGGUGGUACACCUCCUUAUGGACUUCCUUGGCGACACUAACGUUGCUGCAGCGGUUGAUGUCGUUUUGUUUGUGCGUGAGAUCAUAGAGACCAAUCCCAAGCUCCGUGUGUCCAUGAUCCAGAGGCUGAUUGACACAUUCUAUCAGAUCCGGGCAUCUCGUGUCUGCGUAUGUGCUCUCUGGAUCCUCGGAGAGUACUCCCUCUCGCUGUCUGAGGUCCAGAGCGCCAUUUCCACCAUCAAGCAAUGCCUUGGGGAACUACCGUUCUACACCGUCUCUGAGGAAGGGGAGUCAACUGAUUCCUCCAAGCCAGCCCAGUUGGUGGUGAACUCUGUCACUGUGUCUUCGAGGAGGCCUGUUGUUCUUUCAGAUGGCACUUAUGCCACACAGAGUGCUGCCACUGAGGCUGCCGUUUCAUCUCCAGCUACUGCUCUUGGGUCACUGGCUUCCACCCAGAAUCUCAGAUCUCUCAUUCUAUCCGGUGAUUUCUUCUUGGCUGCUGUUGCUGCCUGUACCCUGACCAAGCUUGUGUUGAGGCUGGAGGAGGUUCAGCCAUCUAAGGUUGAAGCAAACAAGGCUUGUACUGGGGCCUUGUUGAUCAUGGUGUCCAUUCUGCAGUUGGGCCAGUCCUCGUACCUUCCCCACCCUAUUGACAAUGACUCAUACGAUAGGAUUGUUCUCUGUGUGAGGUUGCUUUGCAAUACUGGUGAUGAUGUGAGGAAGGUUUGGUUGCAGUCAUGCCGCCAAAGCUUUGCCAAUAUGCUUGCUGAGAAGCAAUUUAGGGAGACUGAGGAGAUGAAGGCCAAGGCACAGAUAUCUCAUGCCCAGCCUGAUGAUCUUAUUGAUUUCUACCACCUGAAGAGCAGGAGGGGAAUGAGCCAACUUGAGUUGGAAGACGCGGUUCAAGAUGAUUUGAAGGCCGCGACUGGUCAAUUUACGAAGGAUGCAGAUAAUAACAACAAACUGAACCGCAUUCUUCAAUUGACAGGGUUCAGUGAUCCUGUGUAUGCUGAAGCAUUUGUAACUGUUCAUCAUUAUGAUAUUGUACUCGAUGUCACAGUCAUAAACCGAACAAAAGAAACACUCCAGAACUUGUGCUUGGAGUUGGCAACAAUGGGCGAUCUCAAACUUGUUGACCGCCCUCAGAACUACACAUUGGCUCCUGAGUCAAGCAAGCAAAUUCGGGCCAACAUUAAGGUUUCAUCAACAGAGACUGGAGUGAUAUUUGGUAACAUAGUUUAUGAAACUUCAAAUGUAAUGGAGCGAUCAGUGGUGGUCCUAAACGAUAUUCACAUUGAUAUCAUGGAUUACAUCUCACCUGCUGCAUGUGCUGAUGUUGCUUUCCGGAACAUGUGGGCAGAAUUUGAGUGGGAAAAUAAGGUGGCAGUGAAUACUGUGAUUCAGGAUGAAAAGGAAUUCUUGAAUCAUAUUAUCAAGUCAACAAACAUGAAGUGUCUAACACCACCAUCUGCGCUUGAUGGAGAAUGUGGGUUCCUUGCUGCAAACCUUUACGCCAAGAGUGUGUUUGGCGAGGAUGCUCUGGUGAACAUCAGCAUUGAGAAGCAGGCCGAUGGCAAGUUGAGCGGCUACAUCAGAAUACGGAGCAAGACCCAAGGAAUCGCGCUCAGCUUAGGAGACAAGAUUACCCUAAAUCAAAAGGGCAGCAGCAGCUAGCUGAGCCACGAGUCUGUCCGCGACCACUGUGCCACACGAAUAUCACCCCAGUUACCAUAAAGGCCCUAUUUGAACUCAAUUUUUGCUACCUUCCCACCAAUUUUCAUGGAUUGCCAAUUGUUACCGAUGUGCUGGAGUCGUUAUGACAGGUGGUAAUAGAGGUUUCCAUCCUGCAUGAACAGGAUUAUGUAGCUUCGUGUUGUUCUAGCUUACAAAACCAAGAUAUGUGCUCCCAGUGUUUUAUGUUCAUUCUUUGCUAUACUUGUACUGCCGGGUACUGACUUUAUGAAUCCUGCUACUGCUACUGCUACUGCUACUGAUCUUGAUGCCUUCCAAGUUCGAAUAAAUGAUUAUAGAUAUUUUUCUGA